AUGCCCCCGCCGAUGUGCAGCUACCUGUCGCGUGUGGACCCCAGCGGGUCCAUCCCCCUGAGUGUCCUGCGCUCGGUGUCCACCGACACACCACUAUGCGCGGGGACCGUGCGCGAUUGGGUCCAAAACAACCUCCCGCCGCCUCUCUUCAUUCGACCGGGUGGCCUCAUCUCUGAUGAGACCUACUCCUCCAAGCGCCAGCCUGGCUUCUCGACGUUCGAGUACUCGGCCCUUUGGCAGACGACGCGGGGCGAGACCCACAUCCUCCGGGCGCCGGUCCCGUCGAUGGGGCCGUCGGCCGGGGCCGCACAACCGAAUGACUACUUUUUCCUCAGCCGCGUGGCCACUCGGGCCAAUUUCCUGGUCAGCUCGCGUGGCAUGGCCACCGUGACGGGGCUCUUCGUGGCCCCGGGCGGCGAUGGGCUUCUGCUGGUGGCCUGCUCGCUGGAUGAUUUGGACCGCCACCUGCCGCCGAUGAAGAAACAGGUCAAGGCCCGCGCCGGCCCGGUUUCCUGGUGGGCGCGGCAGGAUAAGGACGGCCGGAUUCUGCUGACCGCCUAUCUUUCUCUGUCUUUUUCCCACUGCUUGGGCUUUUCGCUGGCCGGGCGCCCCACAUGGCGCGAUGAUGCACACCCGUGUGUUGACCCUGCCCUCGUUGUCUGGCCGCCUGCCUGCCGACCAAAAGACUUCUCCCUGCCUGGCGCGUACUACCACUGCACGCUGGAUGUCACCGAGGCCGACUCGGCCGGGGUGUUCAGCUCGCGGAUAAGCCUGCUUCGUGGGCACUUUGCCCUGCUACGCGUAUCUCGGAAGCGUUUCCCUCGCGGCGUCCGAGUCAGGGUUUGGCCAACACUGGCGGCCGCCGAUGCACCGACCCUGCGCUGCUUCCAGUUCCGGGACUCCGGGCUCAUUGCCCUUGGCUCGGCCGAGUCCGGCCCUGGCACCCUGUCGGCGAUGCUCGACGUGCAUGUGGAGGUCCGCCAUGCGACCGGGUCGCCUGCUCCUGGGGACAUCCACGGCAUCGGGUUUGUCCUUGGCGAUGCCUCGGCCGCGGUGGCCCUCAAUCUGGAGAAGGUCCUCGACAAUACUGGCCAGCUUGUUCCCAGGCCCGAGUCAAAGUCGCCUGCCAAGGAGAAGCCCACGCUGCCGGUUGCAACGACUGCCACGACCAAUGCCCGUCGGCCCAUUUCGCCCGCGUCGCCCAUUUCGCCUGCUCGGGCGUCUCGAGAGCCGGCUGAUCCUGCCCUGGACCCGGCUCGGGCGAUUGCCGAGCUCCGACAAAUCAUCGCCCAGCAUGAGAAGGUUCUCCACCACUUGGCGGCGGCCACAUUGUCCCUGGGCCCGGGGGCCGAGGACCCAACCUUCGAGCCGCCAAACCCGGCGGACGGGCGAUCGCCCCUGGACCAGCUGUAUGAGACGCUCAAGGCGCGCCAGCACUCGCGCGAGGCAACCUUCCUGGCCCGGCAUCAGGGCUCGGGGGCCGAGCUGCUCGGCGCGACCCCGGCCACGGUCGAACCCCCGGAGGGGCUACUCCAGCGGGCCCUGAGCGCCGUUCCACUUGGCGGCCUGCGUGAGUGGCUUGGUGGCAGGCUCGCCCCUCGGCACCCUCCGUCCGGGGGAAGCGCCAUUUUCCUGUGCGGCGAGUGCGGCAGCACCCAGGGAGGCCCGAUCGGCGGGCCGGGCUCCGGAGCAGGCCCCGGCGACACCACCAGCGCCGGGGGGCUGCUGGGGACCUUCUCCUCGUCGCUCUGGCUGCCCGGCUUCGGGAAGCACUACCCGACGCGGCGGCGCCCGGGCACCGCCGGCCCCGCCAUCCAGGGCGGCCCGGUGCCCGGGAAUUGCCCGCACUGCGGGUGCCCGAUAGCCGUCGGCCCCAACGGAGCGGCGGGCCCGCAGCCCUCGGCCUCGCUAUCCACGCAUCGGCUCUUCGGCCUCGGGGCCACCGGGUCCCUCGAGGAGGAGGAUCUGGCCCCCCUGCCGCUGAUGCUGAUGCUCAUCGCCCUGGCAGCCUUGUUCGGGUAUCUGGUGGGGGCGUGGAUUGUCCGUCGCGGCGGGGGGGCCGGUGGAGCCGGGGUCGGAGCCGAUCCCGGUGCCAUUGCCAGCCACUAG